CACGUUUCUAACUCCCUUCCCAUACAUACAAGCCAUCGCAAUGUCAGACAUCGAUAUCACAGGCUUCGCUGCCAUUGUCCAGCUCCGCCCGCUAACCAUCGGCGGGGGCUUGGUGCUGGUACUUCUCUACGCACUGUACCUGCGCGCACUGCCCAAACCGCUGCCAGGCAUACCCUACGACGUGAAGUCCUCGCAGCGCCUGCUCGGCGACAUCCCUCACUUCUUCGCCCUCGAAAGAGCCGGACGCCGCAUUAUGGAGUUCUGGGCAGACCUGGCGCGCCGGCAGCAGUCGCCCAUCACGCAGUACUUCGCGGGCCCUUUCACCAAGCCGGUCGUUGUCAUUUCAGACUUCCGUGAGACCAAAGACCUGCUGAUGCGCCGGGCGAAGCUGCUGGAUCAUGGCUCGCUCAACACGGGGCUGUGGUUUGGGGCCAUCCCGCACCACUUUGUGGGUAUGCCGUCGAGUGACCCGCGAUAUGCAAAGUCCAAGAGCUUGUCGAAUGACUUGAUGACGCCGAGCUUUCUUCACAAUGUCUCGCUCCCCGCCUCGUAUCAGAAGACCCUGAACUUCGUCCGGCUGUGGCAGCUCAAGGCCCGCAUCGCCAACGAACAGCCCUUCACUGCCCUGGGCGACUUCAACUUCCUCACCGGCGAUAUAAUAUGUGCUGCUGCUCUGGGCAUCCUCGACGAGGAAAGCGACACAGUCAAGCACUACAAUCGCCUGGAGGCCAGUAUUCUCCCCCGCGGCCUGCCCACCAAGAGAAACCAGAUCUACAACUUCCCCGAGUACAAGGCCACGGGCAUCCUCGAGGCCACGCACACCAUCGCCGAUAGCAUCACAGGCGCUCGCACCGCAUCCAUGCCCAAGCUAUACUGGUUCUUCACCAACUUACGCCCAUCCGUCAGGAAAGCCCAGCGCGAGCGCACCCGCAUCCUGCAGACAUACAUCAACCGCGCACACAACUCCAUCACUGCUCAGAAAGACAAAACCGGCCCAUCACACCGCGCAGCAGUCGACUCAAUCGUAUCCCGCGAGCUCACCUCCGCAAAGAAAGAAAACCGCCACCCCGCACUGUCCUCCCAGGAAAUCCACGACUCACUCUUCGGAUACAUCCUAGGCGGCCAGAGCACCACACACAGCGUGCUCUCCUUCAUGAUCCGCCGACUCUCCGCACGGCAGGACAUCCAAGGGAAGCUGCGCAAAGAGCUACAAACGCUCUACAGCGCCGCCACAGCCGCAAAGCGCAACCCGUCCAUCGACGAAUUCCUAGCCAUGCGCGCCCCCUACCUUGACGCCGUGAUUGAGGAGACUAUGCGGCUGAACAGCACAGCACCCGUACUGAUCCGUGAGGCCAUGGAGGAUCUCGAUUUCCUCGGGUACACCAUCCCGCGCGGCACAAACAUCUUCUGCACGCUAUGGGGGCCGUCGUACGAUGAGCCUGCCUUUGCCGUGGACGAGAACCGGCGCAGUAAAUCGUCGCAGGCGCACAAGGACGAGUCGCCUGCGGACUGGACGGGGAGUGGGUUUGCACCGGGUGAAUUCCACCCGGAGCGCUGGCUGCGCAGGGACAGCGAGGGGAAGACGGUGUUUGAUAUCAAGAAUGGGCCGGCGCUGGGGUUUGGCGCGGGCACGCGUGAGUGCUGGGGGAAGCGGCUGGCGUACCAUGAGUUGAAGCUGAUUAGCACGCUGCUGGUGUGGAAUUUUGAGUUUCUGCCGCUGCCGCCGGAUCUGGUGGAUGAGGAUGUCGUGGACUUUUUUGUGGCGAAGCCCAAGUCGUGCUUUGUGCGGGUGCGGGCUGUGAAGAGGAGUUAG